ACGACUCCCAUUGUUAGGGCGGAGAGACAUGUAUCUUGUCAGAAUAUUCAUAAUCUUUGGUCAAGCACAGCAGCGAUGGGAAAACUGCAUUGGCUGGAAACAAGCUAUUUGUCAGUAAAUAAAACAAAACCCAAAGUAAGGUAUUAUGACGAACAGGGUUGCAAAAGUAUCACCCUGUUUUCUUGACUUGUCAGCACGCGACAUGUGACCAAUUGCAGCCACACGGAACUUGCUAGUAAGCCUGCUUGUAAAGUGUGUSUCCUAUGUCAGCAGUGUGUUGGCUUAGGUUAGGUCAGUCUGCUAUGCCCCCCUGCAAGAGAGGAGACAGACAGUGAGUGUGGUGGCCCCCUGCGUUGUUGGACUGUGUGGGUUAAUGAUUUAGUGCUGCCAGUCAUAGUCCUCACUGCUGAUCCUAACCAGGGAUGUGGCUUCAUCCACACAACAGGGACUAACCUCAGCUGCCACACAGGGACUAGCCUAACCACACAGGCAGGCAUUGACCACCGUUGAAGUCUGCCGUCACUGUUCAUUUAUUCCUAUAACCAUGGCUGACAGCAACACCAUCAGGCUCCGAGUCUUCUCCCUCAACUGCUGGGGUAUCCGUUACCUCAGCAAGCACUGUCGGGAGCGCUACGCCAUGAUCGGAGAGCUUUUGAGCAGAGAGGAGCAUGAUAUUGUCCUGCUGCAAGAGGUCUGGAGUGAAAAAGACUUCCUCUGCUUGAAAAGGAAACUUUCCUCUACCCAUCCGCACUCCCAUUACUUCAAAAGUGGAGUCAUAGGCAGUGGAAUGGCCACGUUCUCCAGACAUAGAAUCCAUGACGCAUUUCUCUACCGCUAUUCAUUAAACGGCUACCCAUACAUGGCCCACCAUGGAGACUGGUUUGGAGGCAAGGCUGUGGGGAUGGUCAAAUUAAACAUAGGCAGACUGGCAGCACACGUCUACGUCACACAUCUGCAUGCAGAGUACUGCAGGGAGAAAGACUCCUACUUACCUCAUAGAGUGGUACAGGCCUGGGAGCUGCAGCAGUUUAUUCGUCAUACCUCCAGUGGAGCAGACCUGGUGAUUUUGGCCGGAGAUCUGAACCUGCAUCCCCAGGACCUUGGCAACCGGUUGCUACGGACAUACACUGGCCUCCGGGACAGUUACACAGAGACUGCUAAGUUUGAUGGCUGUGAGGACGGCAUCACUUUUAUAGCAGAUAACCCUUUCAUCAAUCCCAAAGAGCUCUGCCCCUUCGAGAAGGGCAUCAGAAUAGAUUACAUCCUCUACAAGGGGUCAGGAAGAGUGUCUAUCCAGUGUGAGUCUCUGUCAACCACCAAGGGUUCUGUCCCUGACCAKCCYUUYCCUUACUCUGACCACGAGGCCCUUAGCGCAGAGCUGCAGCUGCAGACCCUGACCCAACAGGCAGGAGGAGACGAGACCAGAGAUGAGCAGGACUGUGCUGCAGGUAAGCUGGCUGAGCUGGUGGACAUUGUGACAGAGGCCCGUACUGAGGUGAAGGUGGGCCUGUACUGUGCUGAGAGGAUGCGCUACACGGCAGCUCGUACCGGGGUGAUGGGCAUGGCCCUGCUGCUGUUGGAGCUGGCCAUCGCUGCUGUUCCCUGGCUGGCCCUGGGAGCUGACCAGCCCUUCCCCCGGGCCUCCUUUUACCUACUGGGGGUGCUGUGCUUUGCCAUCCUGAUCACCACCUUCCUGCUCUACAUCUUCUACACCAUGGAGGUGAAGGCUCUACAGGGGGCAGAGGACCAGAUGAGGCUGGCUGUGGGGAGCCUCCAGGAGAGGCUUAGGGGAUUCCCCCUUGCCCAGCCUCUGAACCCCCUCUGUAGGCCACUGGACAGACAGGACCCCUACCCUCUGGAGCCAGAGGAAUAGAGGCAGGAGGAGGAGGAGGGGGGGGUAUAAAAUGAACUGUGAGGAACUGAUCUUAAAGAUGGAAUCUGCAGUAGGGGAAACAAUGCCCCAUGGCUGUUUUUGUUGAUGAAGCAGCGGUGGGGAGUGUCGAGGAUUAAGAUAAAAKAAAUUACAGUACAUAUGCAGCUGUUCUAUCGCGUAUUGAAUGAUGUCUGAUGGGGAAAAAGUGUUUGUAGUUAUUUGCUGUUGUAAUAUUGCAAAUGGACGUGGCAGUUUCACCUUUUAAGGAUACCAGCUUUAAAGCGGUCCUGGGACUCGUCUGUCUGCAUCGACUGAAUGUACUUUAUGCUAUUGAGGAUUCACUGCAGUAGAAGCAUGCAGCAUAAGGUUUGACUUAAUGAUUUGAACCAAAAGAAAAGGACAUUUCUUGAAGUGGUUUUGCUCAUGUGCUUAGCUGCUAUGUUUUGUGUAGUUUUAACUUUGUCCAUCUGUAAAUUCCACUCGACAAUCUUUGGAUUGCGCCGCACUUACUCAUCUUCCCUCUCGAACAAUGACAGCUUCUCGUGACAAUUGGCCAUGAGACAAUCGGGUGAUAAACGCAUUCUUAACGUACAUCUUUCCUAUAGUCCAGACCUGAGGAUUGCAUUGGCACUAGGAGGUUCCUCAGGUCUGGCUUGCAUUCCACCACUCAGGGUGUUGGUGGGACCAAUUCUUUCCUCUGUUUCAUGAAUUCCUUUUACAGUGUAUAGCAGCUUAGAGCCUCUUUAGCACAACUCAGGGACGAUGUAUGACGUCUGCUUUUAGUGGAGCCAUGUUUUGUUCAGUUGUUGUGAAUGUUACACGAAGUUCCAAAUUGAUCCGCCCAGCCCUUACACCCUAGGCACUCCUGUAGAUCUGAAAGGCUUGGAUAGGUAGAUGCAUUGCUGUAGUAGCUAUGUCUUCUGAUUGGAUGGGUGGAACUAUUACCAUAUUGCUUCCACCUAUCCAAAUCCUCUCAGAUCAGCAGGMGUGUCUAAGGAGUAGAGUCUUAAGGGUCCAUUUGGAAUUCAGCAUCCGAGUGCCCUGCAGGACAAGASCUCCUGUGACAUGGUCAGUUUCAAAUGGACUGUGGGCGACAAAGCACAGUUCCCCUUCUUGAGCUGUACAUUAGGCUUUUAUUUCGUAGACGUGUUGGGAGGAGAUGAUCAGAUCUCUUGAGCGGUGGCUGCACUGUCCCAAAGAGAGAGAUUUGAACGCAUUCGCUUGUCUUGUGUAGUGUUUUUUUAGAAACUUCAUUUUCUCUAAUGAUUUAUUUAUGACAUUAACAAAUAAUUUUGGUAACCAAUCAAUGCACACUUGUAAAGAGUCAUAUAGAGUAGAGAAGAUCAAGUUGUUUGAGUACCUGCACUUGAUUAGCAAGAUAAAGCUCUUAAUGUACCUACCUUGUAACUUACCUACCUUGUAAUUGAAUGUACUGUAAAACGAAGGCCGGUGCAACCAUUGCUGCAUAUGCAGAGAUUGUCAAUUUAAAAGCACAGAACUGUAACCCUGUCCGCUUCUUUCAGGGGUUCAGUUUAGUGCAAUUAAUGAUGGGAAAAGACUGAAUCAUUUGUAUUUUAUAUUACACAUAGAUACAUUCAAUUAUCUUCACAAAUGUGGGCUAGUUAAAUGUAUUUUGGCACUCCUUUGAAUCAUCUUGGUUAAAAUGGAACUCUAGCUAAUAUUGUAUAGUUACUAACAAUCCAUGAUAACAUUUCAGGCAGUAUUCAAUCCACUUGAUUAUAUGGAUUGUUAUUGACAAUUUGAAGUGAAAUGAUUAUAAAGGAAAUAAUAAAUCGUCUAUACUAAUA